AUGUUUUUCUCAUCAGGUUUUCCAUUCGACUCUAUGGGUGGUCAACAAGCCCGUAGAAAAAGAGAAGUUAAUAAUAACAAAUUUUACGAGGUUUUGAAUUUAAAAAAAAAUUGUACUACUGACGAAGUAAAAAAAGCGUAUCGUAAGCUAGCUAUUAUUCAUCAUCCAGAUAAAGGAGGUGAUCCAGAAAAGUUUAAAGAAAUAUCAAGAGCAUAUGAAGUAUUAUCAGAUGAAGAAAAAAGGAAAUUGUAUGAUGAGUAUGGUGAAGAAGGUUUAGAAAAUGGAGAACAACCAGCUGAUGCAACAGAUUUAUUUGACUUUAUUUUAAAUGCUGGAAAAGGGAAGAAAAAGAGAGGUGAAGAUAUUGUGAGUGAAGUAAAAGUAACACUUGAACAAUUAUAUAAUGGAGCAACAAAAAAGCUAGCUAUAAGUAAAGAUAUUAUAUGUACAAAUUGUGAAGGUCAUGGUGGUCCAAAAGAUGCUAAAGUAGAUUGUAAACAGUGUAAUGGAAGAGGAACUAAGACCUACAUGAGAUAUCAUUCAAGUGUUUUACAUCAAACUGAAGUAACUUGUAAUACAUGUCGUGGAAAAGGUAAAAUAUUUAAUGAAAAAGAUAAAUGUGCUAAUUGUAAAGGUAUGUGUGUAUUGAAAACAAGGAAAAUAAUUGAAGUAUAUAUUCCGAAAGGUGCACCAAAUAAACACAAAAUAGUUUUUAAUGGUGAAGCUGAUGAAAAACCAAAUGUUAUUACGGGAAAUCUUGUUGUUAUAUUAAAUGAAAAGCAACAUCCUGUAUUUAGAAGAGAAGGAAUUGAUUUAUUUAUGAAUUACAAAAUUUCCUUAUAUGAAUCUUUAACAGGUUUUGUUGCAGAAGUUACACAUCUUGAUGAAAGGAAAAUAUUAGUAAAUUGCACAAACAGUGGUUUUAUAAGACAUGGAGAUAUUAGAGAAGUUCUUGAUGAAGGUAUGCCAACAUAUAAAGAUCCAUUCAAAAAAGGAAAUUUAUAUAUUACAUUUGAGGUUGAAUAUCCAAUGGAUUUAAUUAUAACAAAUGAAAACAAAGAGGUUUUGAAAAUAUUAAAAAAACAAAAUGAAGUUGAAAAAAAAUAUGACUUAGAAAAUAGUGAACUAGAAGUUGUUUCGUGCUCACCUGUUGAUAAAGAAUAUAUUAAAGUUAGAGUUACCAAACAACAACAACAACAACAACAAGAAGCAUACGACGAUGAAGAUCAUCAACCAGAAAUGGAAGGUGGAAGAGUAGCUUGUGCUCAACAAUAA